CUCGCCUCUGUGCACCUUUAAGAGAAGGCGGAGAAAGACAGACGCCCGCGCUUGCGCAGUUGGCAAACGCCGGUAACAACUUUGGUUUUUUUUGGAAGUGUUUAAACACGCGAGUCACGAACAUUUCUCUAUGUGAAUCUGAUCAAUCAAUUUGAAUGUCCGUUCACGGUUUUAAAUGCCAGGUGGCAGGUAAGCCACUGCGCAUUGCUUUUAACAUUAACACGGACUUUUAAAUACUUUCGUUCGAUCGAUCGAUGGUGGAGCGUUCACGUUCAAGCUAGCCUCCACUCGGCUCGCUUCGGCGAGAUGGACAUCCACGAACAAACGCGCCUUGUUCUGGAGGCAUUCCUGCAGCGGUCUCUUUCGGUGAACUCUUCGGAGAGGCCGGGGCAUAUUGGCCGCGCAUACCGGGACCCUAACAAAUUCAGUGCUUCCCCUAACCAUAAGGUAUGUCCUGGGGCAGAGUCAAAGAAGAAUGAAGGAGGCAGAGAAUCUGUUCAUAGACAGUUAAAAAAUGAUCUGAUAUCAAAUGGGAGCUGGGACUCUCUUCAUGAUGAGAUAAACCGGGUUGAGGAGAAGAAGCAUGGUUUUAAGACCAAUAUUAAGAAGCGAAUAAAGAAGAAGAAUUCCAAUAAGAUUAAGGAGCGAUCUGAUGAUUCCAAUUCAAUACCUAGCCCCCUGCUGGCUUGUGUGAGGGCAGAGGCAGAUAGUGAAGAUGAAGAUGAAGAUGAAGAAGUAAAGAAAGAAAAGAAGUUACCAAAGAAGCCCUCCUUCCUGAAAAUCUUUAAGAAGUCAAAGCGAGGGAAAAAUGAUCCUUCAACCCCACCUACAUCACCUAUCUACACAGAAGUGGCUAUCACGCUGGACAACAUUGCCAGAAGGGUCAGACCUCAAAAGCCUGCUAAGUCUACUUCUAAACCAGGAAAUGAAAAGGAAGCCAUGAUCCAGAAGCUGGUGCAACUUUUAUCUGUGCAAGGAGAUGCAAUUAACAAAAAGAUUGAAUCUGAUCCUGCCCUGAAGAGAGGCAUUACAAGAAUGUCAUAUGCAUCAUUUGCCCAUCUUGUUGAUUCUUUUGCCAGUCAGGCUAAUGCUGAUUCUACACUUUCUGUACCUCCGAGUCCAACAUUGUCUCGUAUUGCCCUAACAAUGGAUGUCACAAGGCGUGUUUCCACGAUCAGUGGAACACAGAGACUUAUGGGAUAUACAGAAAAAUAUAUGGAAACCUAUGCACCAUGGAUCCAGAAGCAUGGUGGAUGGGAGGGAAUUGCUCAACUUGGAGACUUUACAGAGGUUCAGAUUGACUGAGGAUUGUUGCCAUAUAGAAAUUCUGACACUGGAGACACUGAAACUGACUGCCUUAAUUAUUUGCUGUUGCUGUGUGUUAAAUACAUUGUGAACCUUACUGGUGCUUGGAUGCCCCUCAUAAAAUUAGGUUUGUUCAGCUGCUCUUUAAAAUGUGGAUAGUUGUUAAAAAGCAAUGAAACAUGUUUAAAGUGACUCUUAAGUCAGUACUACAAUACAUUUACCACUACACUAUCAUCCUCAUUGACUUUGAUCAAAAGUGUCAAGACAUAAACUUUGUUUUCUGAUAUACCUGACAAUAACCAGUGGAUCCAUUGAAGAAGCACAUUAACACUGUAUAUGUAGCUACAUUUUUAUUUUUUAAGUAAAUCAGGGUUAGGCACAUUGCCAUUAGUUUGUGAAAAAUGCCAAAAGUGCCAGUGCUGUUGAUCAGUAAGUGUCCGCUGUAGUGUUGACACUUUAAAACUGCUGUUAACACUGUUCCUGGUGAGAGAAGACUGUUCGUUUGCACAAAAUUUUACAGUACAUAGUAAAACAGAGUAAUUUGUCAUAAUAGACCAAAUCAGACAUUUGACAACUUUUUGCAUAAAUAGUUAUACUAGAAUCGUCACUGCUGUUGUAGCUGCUGCAUAUAACUGUGGGAAUAUGAGACCAAUUUAGGCGUUAAUUUUUAUAAUCGUAUUAUUUAAAAAGGAUAAGUUUUACUGAUUCAUUCUGAUUAAUUCAUAACACAAUUGUCCCAAUCAAAUUCAUUUUAUUUGGUUUUACUUUUACUGAUUACAUUUAAUUCCCCGUGAUGCCAACAAAGUACAGAUGUGUAUUAAGUAGGAUUUCCUUUGGUUUUGUAGUAAGGGAUAUUUUUGUCAUCAGUGAUAAUUAGUUUAUUUUCGGCGUUUUUACAUUCCUUUCAAGACAAACUGAGUCCUAGAUUAAUGCUAAUAUAUGCAAAAUAUUUCUAGUCUGACAAGUUCCACCAAAUGGACAGCAGGCAGUCUCUAUAGCUAGUACUGUAUAUAUAAAAUCAAAAGAGUAAAAUUGUCUUUAUGAUUUUAAUGUUCGUUUCCAGUGCAAUCCUUGUAUAUAAACCCAUAUUAAGUUUUGUUCUUGUAGUGAAUACUUACUGUCUGCUAUUAUCUGGUGUAACACCUCUGCCAGCUUCACAUCCUUUGAUUUUCUUUUGAAAUAGAAUUCUCACUUUUAACAUACGUUUAGUUAUGCUUCCUAAAAUGAUGCAUCUGUAUUUUUGAUAUUUCAAACUGAUAUUUUUCAAGAAAGUAUCUUGGCACUUCCACUAUGGGUGGAUAUAAUUGGCUUCGAUUCUUACUUUGCUUGCACUGCACUGUGAAGCUGUGAUCACCCCAGAAUAAUAUAUACAGUAUCCAUCUUUGAAUCCCUCAGCAUUAAUUCUCUUUUGACAUCAUCACAGAGUGUGUUUUACAUAUGUUUGUAAAUCUGGGAUAAGUUGAGAAAUCUGGUUUCUUAAAAACCUGCUUACAUGCACUUACUGUAUUUAGUUUUCCUUUGGCAAAACACUCCGAUGUCAUAAAAGUGCACAAAAAAAAGAUUAUACAUCAUCAAAGGCCACCGUCAACCCAAAAACAAUGGAGUCUGUAUCUAUGAAAAAUGUGCUGCGGAGCUUUGCACUGCACACUCAGCCCAUCAGCAUAAGUUUAGUGAUUUCUGAAAUAUUUAGAAAGAUAUUGAGGUGAAGAAAAAAUGUAAUCAACUGAGCAGCUGCCUCAGGAAAUUUUAUCUUUGUGAAUGCUUCGACUGUUUAUUAUUUUUUUUGUUUGUUUUUAUUUUGAUUUACCUGAUGCUGCUAGAAGCAUGUGUGGGCUAACUGAAUUUGGUAAACAUGCACAGGCUGCAAAAUCCUUAAGUGUAACCUGGUUAAGGUUUUACAUGGCCGCGUAACCAACUGGGUUUCUUGUUAGAGAAAGCAGGUUAACAUACAUAGAUUUCUUAACUGGAAUAAGAAUACACAUGGCAUUUUUGAAAGUGAGCUUCUGUGAAUAACUAGGUUACUGCACUCAGUCUUAGUGAAUGAUAGAUAGAUACUUUAUUAAUCCCCAAGGGGAAAUUCACAUACUCCAGCAGCAGCAUACUGAUAAAAACAAUAUUAAUUAAAGAGUGAUAAAAACAGUGCAGGUUAAAAAGUGCAAGGUGGAGAGUGUGAGGUAGGUAUUACAGUCAAUAACAUUGUAUAAUGUUAAUGUUUACCCCAGCCCCGGUGGAAUUGAAGAGUCACAUAGUGUGGAGGAGGAACGAUCUCCUCAGUCUGUCAGUGGAGCAGGACAUUGACAGCAGUCUGUCGCUGAAGCUGCUCCUCUGUCUGGAGAUGAUACUGUUCAGUGGAUACGGUGGAUUCUCCAUGAUUGACAGGAGCCUGCUCAGCGCCCAACGCUCCACCACGGAUGUCGAACUGUCCAGCUCCAUGCCUACAAUAGAGCCUGCCUUCCUCACCAGUUUGUCCAGGUGUGAGGCGUCCCUUUUCUUUAUGCUGCCUCCACAGCACACCACCGCAUAGAAGAGGGCGCUCGCCACAACCGUCUGAUAGAACAUCUGCAGCAUCUUAUUGCAGAUGUUGAAGGAUGCCAGCCUUCUAAGGAAGUAUAGUCAGCUCUGUCCUCUCUUGCACAGAGCAUCAGUAUUGGCAGUCCAGUCCAAUUUAUCAUCCAGCUGCACUCCCAGGUAUUUAUAGGUCUGUACCCUCUGCACAGUCAGCUCUGAUGAUCACGGGAUCCUGGGCCUCCUAAAAUCCACCACCAGCUCUUUGGUUUUGCUGGUGUUCAGUUGUAGCACUGGUUUUAAAAAAAAUAAAUAAAUGUUCCUGGUGAACAAUUUGUUCUUUAAGUUUGUGUAUUAAUUUUUAAAUUUCAUUUACUGAAGUAGUUCAUUGGUCUAAAUACUGUAUAAGUGCUGAGUAUUUUACCCACUACUUUUUAGUACUGUAGUUAAUAUUUAUGUCUAUCCGUUAUUCAGUACAGAGCCUCAGGAAGCCAGUUACCUACUUUGGUAGUACAUGGUGCAAGACAGACUGGCACACCACCCAGGCCUGUUUCUAUCACAGUGCCAGCUUGUGCACAGAACCAUUUAGCAUGCUAACACUUGUGUCUUUGGGAUGUGGGAGGAAGAGAAAAUGAGCCACCUUCAUAUACUGUAGUCAGUAGGAAUGUGGGAGCCACUAUCCUUGCUUGAAUAGCAAUUAUUAAAAAGUACACUUUGAGGUCCAAGACCAUGCAAUACACUAAAUCUUGCCCUGUGGUAAGAAUUCAAUACAUUUGUCAUCGUAGCAUUUAAUGCACAAGUGCUUUUUGUUCUUUAUUUGCUCUCAUGCAUUAUUAUAGAGAAUCUUUUCUAAAUGUGUCCUGUUUUAAAUUAACUCUUAACAAACUGUAGAGUUCAGUUACACCCGAAGUGCAAUUGAAGGCAACCCUCUAAAAAAAAAAAAAAAAAAAAAAAUUGGCAGCUAUUAGUCUCCCUUGACAAAGGAUUUAAGCACCUAUUUUGAAAGUGUAACUGUUACUCCACUAGCUCUUAACCAAAUUCUGUCCUAAAAUGGAGGUCAUCAUCUAAACCUGGAAUGAUAAGAAAACCCCUACUUCAAAACAUACCUUGCAUGUCAAUCUGAAAAAAAUGCCACACCAGAACUUCGAGCUUUGCAACAUUCCCACCAGGACCUGUACACCAUGCCUUAGGGGGAGUACAAGUACUUGUUCUUCUGAUAAAGAGUUAAGAUUUUUCAUUGUUUCUUUGUGACCUUGUGUGCCUUUGGUCCACAGAUUGUAAAGCACAAUUUGGAAUACUUUAUAUGAUUGAGAUUUUUUUUUUUUUUUUUAUAUUCAAAGCACAUUUGUGGGGAUUUGUCUUUCUUUCCUGUGACUGCUUACUGUACGUAUUCCUGUUUCUCUGGUUUUGAAAUAAAUCUUAUUUUUAUAUGAAUGUGGAUAA